AUGGAUCCUCCCGUCAGAGGCACACGACUGGUUCCUGGAAAGAUAUCUUUCGUAGAUCUCGCUCCCGAACUGCAGUCGAUGAUCAUUGAAUUCCUCGUUACCAGCAUCUCUCCUCUCACCGUUCCCUGCGAUGCAAAGACACAGUACUGCCUUAUCACUUCUGCCGGUGAGCAGAGCCUUCUCAAUCUCAAGCUCUCAUGCCUCAUGAUCUAUAACGCCAUCAAAGAGAAGCGAUUUGUUGAAGCUUUCCUGAUCGUUCAGCCUCAGCCCCAUCGGAGGGAGUGGCAUCCCUCGCAAGGCGCUAUCAUCUUCCCAUCCUCUCGCAAGGCCUUUUCCAUUGACCCUAACCGCGAUAUGCUGCGAGUCUGGGACAUGAAGCUGCCUCACUGCCAUCGAUUCUCUGACAACAUUCCCGUUGGAAGACUUCUCUCUGUCUGGCUUGACAAGCCCGUUCAUCACCAUUCUACAAGGUUUGACAAGGCAAACUAUCUUGGAGACCCUUUGACGCUAUGGAGGAAGACGUGGCAGGGCCGAAGCAACCCUGACGAACCUCGUACUCUUAGACCUACUCGAGUGAUGUGCAACCAGGACCCCUUUAUCCCCGACCUCCAUCUCGCCAAGCUAUGGAUUCCGGGCUUUUGCUUCGAUGAGCGCUUCCGACAGACCGGCGACCCUCCUACCAACGGCAUUGCUCCUGGCCAGCACAUCGGCGAGGUCUGGAACAACGGCGCCACCUCACCUCCUCCUGGCCCGAAUGAGUAUCGCUGCCCAAACAGUGGUGCUAUGGUGCCCUUUGAGCCUCCCGCUCGGCCCCUGGUCGGCCUAUACGGUUACGACAAGACCGAGACCACCCUGGGAGGCUUCUGGGCCGGCUUUCUCUACUACCCGCUGAAAAGAGAAGUGUGGUUCUCACCUCUUUCUGCCCUUGAGAUCCUUGAUGCAACCCAUGUCCCGGUUGCAGACAAGCCGGAGCGUAAGCUCUUUGAAGGCACUCAUUCAGACUUCGUCGCCCGUGUCUGGAUCAUUCGCCAAGACCAGGAUCUGCCUCCCGCUCAGCCCCACCAUCGAUGGGUCAGGGUCAAGAGCGACCAGCCUGGAGAUCCUCGCUAUACUGGGGAAAUCGAGCUUAUGUGGUCCAUCGUCGUUCACAGAGUCCUCAAACAAACGCAAGGCGAGACCCCUUACGAGCUCCGAGUAGCUCAAUUCUGA